AGCGACACAAAAACGGUGAUCUUGAAGGAACUUGAUGACAAGACUACGAGCUAUGCGAUACUGUCACACCGUUGGGGGAAUGAGGUCAAUUACGAUGAGAUGACUGAGCUGAUGAAGAUGGAGGAACAGGAAAGGGAUGAGGUUAGACAGCGUGGUGGCUAUCAGAAGAUCAUCAAGAGUUGCGAGCAGGCCAUGAGGGACGGCUAUAGGUGGUUGUGGAUUGAUACUUGUUGUAUCGACAAGCGCAGCAGCGCUGAACUAUCAGAAGCCAUCAACUCGAUGUAUCGCUGGUACCGAAACUCGCAGAGGUGCUACGUAUACCUCAACGACGUUGACGAGUCGGCCUUUCCUACUCGACCAAAUGAAAGCAAAUACGACAGCUCCAACGGUUGGCCAGAAUGGUUCAUCCGAGGCUGGACGCUCCAAGAGCUGAUAGCUGCGAAGGAAGUCCAAUUCUUCAACAAGGAUUGGACUUUCCUAGGCAACAAACAGACUCUGGCGGAUACACUGAAAAUAAUAACACGGAUUCCGGAUGAAGUUUUGAGAGAUGGCCUGACCUCGAAGUGUCCCAGUGUCGCUCGAGUCAUGUCUUGGGCAGCCGACCGCAAGACGACGCGAGUGGAAGAUCGAGCGUAUUCGCUGUUGGGAUUAUUUGGCGUGAAUAUGCCCAUGUUGUACGGGGAAGGGGAAAAAGCAUUUCAACGGCUACAGCUCGAAAUCCUCCGGGUAUCUAGCGAUCACAGUAUAUUUGCAUGG